UAAAUGUAGGUGUGUGACAGCUGCGAGAGCCAUCCCUCCCCCGACUUCCUCUUCUCUUCAUCUUAUCAUUUAGGAAAAAGCAGGGGGUUUUCUGUGUCGGUGUGAUGGGCAGGUCAGAGUUAUAUAAGGCCAGGAUUAGCAGUGUGCCACCACAGCCUCUCAGACUCAACCGAGGAGACGAGACAACAGCUCAGAACAGACAGACCACUGCCAACACAGAGCGAAGACAUGGUGUCAGUCAAAGUUACAUUGAUGGCGAUCGCGCUCCUUAUUCUUUGUCUGCAGGCGACUAACACGUCUGCGUAUCGUGGAUGCUGUCAGAAAUACAUGAAAGGCAAACUGCCAUUUCGCGUUAUCCAGGGGUACGCAGUCCAGUCAGUGGGAGAGAUGUGUCCCAUAAAUGCCAUCAUUUUCCAAACAAAGAAGGGCAAGACCUGCACUGACCCUGCUCUGGACUGGGUGAUGGACUACGUCAACCGUCUCAGGAACAAGGCGCAGAAGGUUCACAUUGAGAGCGCUCAGGCUCAGAAGUAAAGGGGUCAGCUACAGCAAACAGCCUCCUUCUAUCGCUGCCCUGCCUGUAUUACCAAGUUAUCCAGUAACCAAAGCUGUUUCACACUUUAGUUAAAUCGCUCAUGCUGACGCUGUCAACGAUGCAGAUAUUAGCUCUGUUGAAAGAGCAUUGUAAAAAAAUAUUUUUCUACUUGUGUUUGUGCAUAUAACGUGUCUUUUUGUAUAUAAAUAUUUCAACAUAAAAAAAAUAAAAUUAAA